GCACAAGCGGAGCACCGCUCUCUCCUUCCUCCUCGGGAGGAGGAACCACGUGCAUCUCCACACACACACCCCAGAGAUGCUCCAUUUGGGAGACCCACUUCAACCCCCCCCCCAAAGAAGCAAGGGACCCCUCACUAGAAGCGGAAGCAGGGAAGAAAAAGGCAUCCCUGCCCUGAUUCCUAGAUUUGCUGGCACCUCUGAUUCGCACAGAAAGAACCUGGCAGAAGACCAAGGGAUUCCCUCCGAUCUCUUGGAGGCUUCCUGAGAGCCCAGAUGGAGGAGCAAGACUCAGCUGGCCCUGAAGUGGGAAGAGACCAUGAUAUGCAAACUGGGAGAAGUGGGGGAUUCUGGGAAAACUCCAUGCAAAGGAUCCUGGGUGAGGAAGACACUCUUUGCUCCAAUGUGCAGAGCCAGCAGCUCAGGCAGUUCUGCUACCAGGAGGCCAAAGGACCCCGAGAGGUUUGCAGCCGACUCUACCGCCUUUUCCGUCAGUGGCUGAAGCCAGAAAGGCACACGAAAGCUGAGAUGCUGGACCUGGUGAUCUUGGAGCAGUUCCUGGCUGUCCUUCCCCCGGAGAUGGAGAGCUGGGUGAGGGAAUGUGGAGCAGAGACCAGUUCCCAGGCAGUGGCCCUGGCUGAAGAUUUCCUCCUGAGUCAGGCAGAGGAGAGGAAGCAGGAAGAGAGAAAGCAGGGAAAGAAUCUGCUUAUAGAAAUGGGCCCCGAUUCCUCUGAGGCAGAGAGGACUCUGUUGGACACCAGAGAGAGACCACUGGGUGAGGGAACAAUGGCAUCAAGACCUCCUCCUCCCUCUUUUCAUGGUGGCAAAGGGGAAGCAGCGGCUGUGGAACCAGAUCAGGCUCCAGUGUGCUUUGACGAUGUCGCUGUUUGUUUCUCGGACGAUGAAUGGGCGUUGCUGGAUCCUGACCAGAGAGCUCUGCAUAAGGAAGUCAUGGAGGAGAAUCGUGGGAUCCUGGACUCUCUCGGUGGUGAUGAAUUGGAAACGAAUAAUGGGGGAGACCUUGACAAAAUCCACACAGUGGAGAAUCCAUAUCAAGACUGGGAGUGUGGAGAGAGCUUCAGUCAGAGCUCCCAUUCCAGUCGAAGAAAGCAGAGUGGGAAGAAAGGCUAUCAGUGCUCAGAAUGUGGGAAGAGCUUCAGUCGGAAAAACAGUCUCACUUCCCAUCACAGAAUUCAUACAGGGGAGAAACCCUAUCAGUGCUUGGAAUGUGGAAAGAGCUUCAUUUGGAAAAACAGUUUCAAUUCCCAUCACAGAAUUCAUACAGGGGAGAAACCCUAUCAGUGCAUUGAAUGUGGAAAGAGCUUCAUUCAAAGUGCCAUGCUCUCUUCUCAUCAAAGAAUUCAUACAGGGGAGAAACCCUAUCAGUGCUUGGAAUGUGGAAAGAGCUUCAGUCACAGUAAGAAUCUCAAUUCCCAUCAAAGAAUUCAUACAGGGGUGAAACCUUUUCAAUGCCAUGAAUGUGGAAAGUGCUUUCAUGGAAGAGGAAAUCUCACUUCCCAUCAAAGAAUUCAUACAGGGGAGAAACCCUAUCAGUGCUUGGAAUGUGGAAAGAGUUUCAGUCACAGGGGAAAACUCACUUCCCAUCAAAGAAUUCAUACAGGGGAGAAGCCCUAUCAGUGCUUGGAAUGUGGAAAGAGCUUCAUUUGGAAGGAUAGUCUCACUAUCCAUCAAAGAAUUCAUACAGGGGAGAAACCCUAUCAGUGCUUGGAAUGUGGAAAGAGCUUCAGUCACAGAAAGACUCUCACUUCCCAUCAAAGAAUUCAUACAGGGGUGAAACCUUUUCAAUGCCAUGAAUGUGGAAAGUGCUUUCAUCAAAGCGGAAAUCUCACUUCCCAUCAAAGAAUUCAUACAGGGGAGAAACCCUAUCAGUGCUUGGAAUGUGGAAAGAGCUUCAUUUGGAAGCAUAGUCUCACUAUCCAUCAAAGAAUUCAUACAGGGGAGAAACCCUAUCAGUGCUUGGAAUGUGGAAAGAGCUUCAUUCAAAGUGCCAUGCUCUCUUCCCAUCAAAGAAUUCAUACAGGGGAGAAACACUAUCAGUGCUUGGAAUGUGGAAAGAGUUUCAGUCAGAAGGGAAAACUCACUUCCCAUCAAAGAAUUCAUACAGGGGAGAAACCCUUUCAGUGCUUGGAAUGUGGAAAGAGCUUCCGGGAGAGGGAUAGCCUCUCUUCCCAUCAACGAAUUCAUACAGGGGAAAAACCAGGGGCGUAGCAAGGGGGACGGGCCGCCCCGGAUGCCAUUCUGGGGGGUGUGACACUCGGCAGGCCCCCCACCUCCAGUUCUGACAGCCGCCCCUGCCGCCGCCCCAGAGGCCCUGAUGUUGCCACCAUCCGCCUUCCCUUCACAAUGCUGACGGAGCUGGGAUUGGCCCAAUCAGCGUGGCGCGGCAAGGCCGCCUCCAAACCUCGCCGACCAAUGAGGUGUUGGGGGAGUGUCAUUGCAAUAGUUGUAUAGGAUUAUUAUUUGGGGAGACUUUGAUUAGUAUGUGGGCAAGGAUUGGAAGAAUGUUCUUGUCAUUCAGCAACCGAGCACCAGAUCUAAACCGGUAAAGCCAGAUAUUACAAGUUCCUUUUCUUACUUUCUUUAUAAAUUUGAUUUUUACUUUCCAGAUUUAUACAUUUCAUCCAUUUUACAAUCAUUUUAACAUUUCAAAACUUGACUUCCUCUCUCUGCAGUUCCUUCCAUUUAUUUUUUAAAAUAUCUUCUGCAUAUCCAAAUUCAUUUAAUUGGCUCAUUUCAUUAUCUACUUUAAAAUAUAUACUCUUACGAAACUGCAAAUUAUUACAAUGAUCUUCUCAAUUGUUUUAUCUGUUUAUACUUGAUCUCUAAAUAUUAAA